AUGGCGGACAACGGGACCACCUCCGUGGUUUCCGAGCUGAUCGACUUCCUCAACGCCUCUCCUACUGCUUUCCACGCCGUCGGUGGGGAUCGUCAAUCUGUGUCGAUAUCUCAGGAUUCCCGCUUCUUCAGAUCGUCCUGUUUCCGAUCCCCUGGCAUCAUUUCAAUGUGGAUUUAUUUCUCUAUCUGGAUUUUCAUUGAUGUUUCUGUGUAGACGAGGCGAAGAGGCGUCUGAAGACGGAGGGAUUCGAGCACCUGUCUGAGAAGGAGGACUGGAAGCUCGAGGCCGGGAAGAAGUACUUCUUCACUCGGAACUAUUCCACUGUCGUCGCCUUUGCCAUCGGGAAAAGGUGCGUCUAAUUUCUUUAGAGGUCAGUGACCGCAAGUAAUUGAACUCUCUCGUAGCGAAUUGUGGUAACGAUGAAUGUGGUCUUCCCUCCCUUUCGGCUAGAUACGUUGCAGGGAACGGCUUCCACAUCGUUGGAGCGCACACUGAUAGCCCUUGCCUCAAAGUGAAGCCCACCUCGAAGGUCGGAUACUGAAACUGUUCCAGCUUUCAUUUUUCUUAUACCUUUAUCUUUGUUGUUGUUGUUGUUGUUGUCAACCUACUAUUCCUUCGUGUAAGAAUCCUCUCGUUUAUUUUUUAUGUCGAAGUGACGUAUUUUAACCUGUUUCUUUCCCUGGAGGAAAGGAUGUUUUCACGUUCUGAUGCUUGCAUGGACGAGGUGGCGCUCCCUUUUUAGCUCUCGAAGUCAGUGUAGUGGAUAUGGAUUACUCGUCUAGUACUGGUUUCAGGGAUUAGAGUGGAACCGGAAACUUUAAUUUCUGUGGUUCUCAUGGAUGUACGUUAUGUUAAGACGAUUGUGGUAGUAUGAUUGAUCUCAUGCAGAUUGCGGCUUUUUGUUAGGUAUCUAAAGGUGGAUACCUCGAAGUGGGCGUCCAGACGUAUGGGGGCGGAUUGUGGCAUACCUGGUUUGAUCGUGAUUUAACCAUUGCGGGGCGUGUAAUUGUAAAGGAAGGAAAAGAUGCAUCUGUCUGCUACUCUCAUAAACUUGUUCGUGUUGAGGAGCCCAUAAUGAGGAUACCAACAUUGGCUAUUCAUCUUGACAGGUCAGGCUUCAGGACCUUAGCCCUUUCAUGUUUGGGUCUGUUGUAUUCUAGCAUUUGUUUUCCGUUAUAUCUAUUUCUGGUCUGCCUCGUUUUUCUGUGAUGCUUUGUUGCGUUAAAGUAUGCUCCUUACUAUGUGCAUACCACGUGCCAUUUUUCUGUUCUAACACAACUGGAGCAAUGAUUGUUCUUAUCCUUUUCCGCCCUAAAUUUACGUAGAAAAUUUAGCAGGUGGGCUAUCAGAAGGGACUAUGUGCACCACAUCUAGAAAAAUAAAUGAGUUGUGGAAUCCACUGCCAAAACUAAUGAAAUCUUUGCUCUGUCUACCACAAAGCUCUGUCAACUUGGUGGGAAAAAAAUUAGAUCUCCUUUGCGUGUGCCUUGUGAAUUGCCUUUUGCUCUGACAAAUGAUGUCGCACAGUAUACCAUGCUUUUAAAUAAUUGGAGUGUAUCAAUGUGCUCUUUUUUGGGGGGAUCAUGGUAUGUGUAGCGAUUGUUUGAUUAUUAUGACUCAAAUUAUUAUCGGACUUGAUUUGGGAAAACCACUGCGAUGGAGUGAGAUUUUUUGGUUCUUGAGGAUAUGUGCCAUUGUAAUCCUGCCGUUAUCAUUCUCAAAUUGUUCAGAGUGCUUCAUGGUACCCCUUUUUUUAGGGAAUCGGCUAGAUAGAUAGCUUCAUGUGCACAAAAGUCAAAAUAAAAAUAAAUUUGGUUAGACGAUAUUGCCAUUUUUUCUAGUCUCAGAGUAAAACCAUUGCAUGAACAGUAAAAAGAAGAAAAGGAAAAUAAAAAGUAGCUUUCUACUGGGUUUCAAGGAUUCUGCAUGCAAGAUGGGAAUGCUUAACUCUGACGCAAUUUAGUGAGAACCGUUGAGAAGGACAUUUCCUCUUCCUUCAACAUGCUUCUAGUCUACAUAAAUACUUGUAGUCAUCUCCAUUUUUUUUGGAAGAGGAGCUGGAUUAAUUGAGGUUAUACAAUUGGGUUUUUUUUUUACUGGCUAUUGGCAAACUGGUUUAUUUCAAAGUAGUUCCUUAUAACAUACAUCAGAAAACAAUGGUAUGACUUCAUCGUGACCUGUAAGUAAAAUUGCUUUAUUUUUUGGUUCCAUCCAAUAAUGUUCUGUUCCUGUCUUACUUUCAGGGGCGUUUCUGAGGGAUUCAAGGUCAAUACACAAAGUCACCUUGUCCCUGUUCUGGCAACAUUAGUUAAGGUGAUUUUAUCCUUCAGAGGAUGUUCGGCUAUGUUUUUUCAGUGGUUGUUUUCACAUUUCUCAUCAUCUGUUUGUAGAGCCGUUUGCUCUUAUAAGUAAGAGGUCAAUUCUUUUGUCCCCUCUACUUUUCUGUAAAUCUGCUGGUUUAAGUCGCGAACCUUUCAUAUAAGUAAGAGGUCAUGAUUUGGCAAUCUUUGCAUGCAGGAAUUUAUUGGUAUAUAAAACAAUUACAUGAUAUUAUUUUACUAAACAUUUCUUGAAGUCAUCAGCACGAUUACCAAGUAAUUAAUAUGCAUGCCGCUUCUAAUGUUACAGGAAGUAAUGGUCAAAGUUUUUGUUAGCGGAAACAUGCGGGAAAAAUAACUAUAUAUACAUUGUCCAUCGUGCAAAUAAUGUCAACUAAGGCUCGAAAUUUACAUUAUAUUGAUGAAAAUAUAUGCUUACGUCAUGCAACGCUUCUUGCAAGUAAGAUAUGUAUAUUGAUUGUCAGUGGCAUGACAAAAACAUGCUCAAGUCAUAUAACGUGAUUCCCAAGCCAUUAUGAAUACACAACCUUGUCUGACAUUUGUCUUUUUCUUUUUUGCUCACAUCACAUGAUGAUGUUUUCAAGGUUAGAUACGUGUUUGCUCUAUCAAUGUGAUGAAAUAAACUGGCGUAAGUCAUCUUUCGGAACCAUUAGUGUACGCAUUGUUACAUGGCAGUUAAGACAGGGUGGUAAAGCAGGCGCAAAACAGAACUAUCUUGUUUAGAAAGUGGCCAAUAAACACAGCUAAUGAGCUACAUCAAGAAGAAGAAAGAAUGCUGACUAACAAACAAGAGCACUGGGUUGUCGUAUUCUUAAUGGAUGAACCAAUCUAUGAGGAGUGAACCUGAAGCCUGAAUAAUCUCUAGGACAGACAUGUUUCCUAAAGAGCAUACGUUUUCGCUGCAAAGAGAUAAUUCUCGGAAAAGCUGCUAGGAUCAAGCUCAACGGUCUGAGCUUCUCUCUAGAUCCAUUGAUACUUUUUAUGGGUAGCUGCAUGAAUUCGCUUAUCUGUCCAAAGCGAAUUUGAAGCCUGAAUAAUCUCCAAAGCAGUCCUUUGUUUUCCUUAGAGCUUAUUGUCUCUUUCUCACAUUAUAUUUCUAUCUAUAGCUGGUUGGAACAGGCUCUACCAUCAUAGUUUCUCUCUUGAUGGAGAUGCAUUCCUUCUUUUGCGGUUUUUAACUAUCUUCUCCCUUACAAAAGAAACUCUCACACUAUGAACGAAUAUACAAGAGCUUGUUUAGAAACGUCAGUUAUUUGAGGCUUAUGAAACAUCCAAGCCAAUACUAUUGUUCUUAUCAUUCCGUUACUGUUACACUGGUACUGGAUUUGGUUUGGAAUAAACUUCUACCGGUUCUUUAAAGGGUUAAAGCUUCUCCGGUGACUACCAAAGUUAUUGUCUAAGGUUAUUCCACAUAUACAGGAGCAGAGAUCUGUAGGAACUUGGGAAGACUAAGAAAGGCUAUGAAGAUGCUUUCCACGGUAUACCAGUCAUCUCAGUGGUUUAAUUGUGAUUUCUGUUGGAAAUGGAAGAUGAAAAUACGAUACAUGUUUGGUGCAAUCAUUAAUAUAGUUUUAGAUCUUGCAUUUCCUCCAAGGCUACAGUAUUCCUUUUGGCUAUUCAUUAUUACACCAUGGAAUCUUUUAUAUGUUUUCGAGCUGCAAGCAUCAUUAUGCAGGAUUUUCAUUAUUCGAGACUGCUUCUUUUAGGAGUUUUCUGCCUAUUCCUCUUGUAUCUAAAAAGGUCCUUUUGCAGGCUGAGCUUCAGAAGAAAGUUGCAGACACUGGCAAUUCAAAGACCGCAUUGUCUACUGAUGGAAAAAACUCAAAUGAAAAAAGUACCAACGAUAACAGAAAGCACCAUUCUGUCCUACUAGAGGUACUUGGUUGCCGGAUCCACAUUCAUGUUUGUCCGUCUUUUUUUUCUGAUAUUGAAGACUAUGAUACCAUCUACAGUUGAAUCAUCCUGAUUUAUGUUGAUAAAUGCCUCAUAUACUGACUGGCAAUUGUAGAACGUGUCAUGGUCUCAGGGGAGAAAGCACGACCCUACUCCGUUUUAGUUACCUAUCACUUGUGAUAUUUUUUUUGAGUUAGUUUCAUGAUUUUCAGAUAGAAGCUGUCACGGCUGCAUAAGCACGCGGUUACUUUUAUUAUUCCCAGUAGUGCCUUGUACAUUGAUUUAUUGAUUUUUCCUGUUUAUGAUCUGAUGCUGACUGUUGUUUUAUGCAUUUUCAUGAUUGCACCAGCUUAUCGCAAGUCAGGCCUGCUGUGAGGUGGAUAAUGUAUGUGACUUUGAGCUGCAGCUUUGCGAUACUCAACCUAGCAUUAUUGGUGGUGCUAUGAGAGAGUUUAUAUUCUCAGGGAGGCUUGACAACCUUUGCAUGUCAUUUUGCUCAUUAAAGGUUGGUACCUUUCAUCUGGACUUUCUAAAUAUGCAAAACAGACCCCAGUAGACAGCCAUCUUCUAGUUAUCUGCAUAUGGUCAAAAUUCUACAAGAGCCCAUGUUAGUUGUUGUGCUCCUUGGGAUUGUAAGGACGGCACACCAUUUUUCUUUCUGCAUGGGGAUGGCUAUCACGCUGUUAGAUUGGAUGUUUCUUUCUUCCCGGUGAACUGAUUGUAGAUAGUUCAGGGGCCCAAAAGUGUAUUCAUCAAAAAUGUCCACCACAGUCUUUCCUGUGCUGUCAAUAUUCUUUUAGAAGAACGUCCCGAUUCUAAUCGUACAUAUGUUUGUCUUUUGCCAAUUAUGAGCACCGUCUCUUAUAAGCGAACUGCCCAUCUUGAAAUAAAGAAUAUUUGUGGGGGAACCUCCACAGUGCUUUUUAGUACUGCGCUGCCUUGGAGAACACUGCUUCAGUCAAUCCCAGUGCGAUAUGAAGAUGACAAGAGCACAUUAUUUCCUGUAUGUUUUGCUAAGACAAGAUGGCACAAACUGAAUGUGGAAUUUUUUUCGCGCAUAAAUUUUUGCUAUAAUGAGGGGAAUAAAGAACCGAAAGGAAAUUUUCAAUAAACUUGUAACGGACGAGGUAUUCAAAGUAUAUAUUUAUAUGUGAAUCGUGUCAACUCAAUUUCAGGCAUUGAUAGACUCAACAUCUUCUGAAAGUGCUCUUGAUGAUGAAUCUGGUGUGAGGAUGCUUGCGUUAUUUGAUCAUGAGGAAAUUGGAUCAAAUUCGGCACAGGGAGCCGGCUCUCCCGUUAUGUUUGAUGCUCUGUCAAGAAUAACGGAAUCAUUCAGGUCUUCUGAUUACAAGGUAAAGGAAACCCUUUCCAUUUUCUAUGGAUGAUUUGUGAGUUUCUAUUUUUGAGCGUUUCUUUCAUAUCAUCGAGAUCUUAAGUAUUUGUUUUGUCUCUUUAAAGUUCCGAGAUAUGGAGAAGCAUCUUUAAAUCUAUAGAUUCUGAAAAUCCGCUCAAAUAUAUGAUCGGGAUCCAUCCAACUCACUUUAAAAGGGGUCUAAUUGAUGCCUGUAGAAAGCAUAGAAAACGUUUUAUAGUUUAACUUGCACUGUGUAUACUGAUUGAUUCAGCGUACUACAUUCGACCUUUUCUGAUAUAUUUCUUUCAAUUAUUUACAGUUUCUUGAAAAGGCUGUACAGAAGAGUUUUCUCGUGUCUGCUGACAUGGCUCAUGCCUUACAUCCUAAUUAUAUGGUAUGCAAUGUCCUAUUCACUUGUUAUUAUUUGAAUCAUUUGUUCCAGUACGUGUGAGGCAAGUAUCGAAAAAGAGCAAGCAACUGCUAGCUUUUUGGGAACUUGCUCAAAUAUUUCUUUCCUUAUUUCCACAGACACAAGCGUGAGUUUUUUUGGUAAUAUUAAUUUCUUAGUAACUGUCUAAUCAAUUAUAUUGUAGCAACGGUCCCUUAAAUAUGUCCUCUAUUGGUUUAUUUUGAUAUAUUGCUUCAGGAUAAGCAUGAAGAAAAUCAUCAACCUAGAUUGCACGGAGGCCUUGUUAUUAAACACAAUGCAAAUCAGCGCUAUGCCACCAAUGCUGUUACUUCGUUUAUAUUUCGAGAGAUUGCAGGAAAGCAUAACUUGCCUGUUCAGGUGCGUUUCCUUCUUAAGCUGGAUUCCACUAUAACCCUUAUCACUUUAAAGUGAAAAUAUUCUAUUUGGCUAGAAUUUGUUUUUCUGUUCGCUACGUAUAUUGAUUUGUUAAAGUAGCUAGCAAUUACAUUGAAAUAUAUAGUGCAUAAAAUAACUUGAAGGACGAAAACAGAUGAGGAAAGAUUUUGGGCUAAAGUUAUAUCAUGCUGGGAUGUAUCAGUGACCUAAAACAACUAUUAGUUACAACUCCAUCAAUGGAAUCUAACUUGAAAGUCUUGUCAACCAACUCUUGUCCAGUAACACACCGAGACAAAAGGAAUACUAACAGAGAAUCCAUUAGUCAUUACUGUUCUUUCGGCUAUUCUAAGGAGAGCUCAAUACCAAGAGAUUUGAGAUCCUUCAUUCAAGCAGCAGUACAAGAAGGUGGACAUGUGGUGAUGUAAAAGGGUUAUGGUAUCCUUGUAGUCAGCCGGUGCCCUAGCCAAAAGGGCUGGGCAGAAAACAACAUGGCAAUGACCGACGGUCAUUGUAGCUCCAUAACGUGUGUUGUAUGGUGUUGGACGGUCUAAUUGAAUGGAAAAGAAGUCCAUUUUGCCAUUUUGCCGUUUAACUAAAGGAAUGAUCGAAAAUGUGAGCUUUCUAUUGAGUUGAUUUGAGCGAUAGGCCUGAACCCACUGAGACCCAAAAGCCAAUGCUUCUGUUAGCCAACACUGGUUCUAAAACCGUUUAAGAAACCACCGGGGGAGAUCCACUGAUUAACAAAUCAAUUGAUUUAAGACCAUUUCGGAUUAUCACUAUUCAAGUCAUCUGAUCUGAUAGUCACUGUUGUUUUCCUUCCCUUGGGAAUCAACUUUUAUUUACCUGUACACAAUGGCAUCAUUAAGUAUGGGCCAGUAAAUAUGGGGUCUUCUCUUCAUAUUUAUAAUUUGUUGACUGCGCAUUAUUGGCAUUUAUAGAUCUUCUUUCAAACCAUACAUUUCUGACUUGGCCAUUCGUGGUCUUUUGAUUUACAAUUCAUGAAAGAAAGUCAAGCACAUUCUUUGAUGUUAUGUUACAGUGUAGAUAAUUCCUCUUACCCUAGUUCUGAGAUGGUAGAUCUAAGGUUCUUGAAAGAAAGUCCAGCCCGUUCUUUCAUGUUAUGCUACACUGUUGACUUCGAGUUAUUCAAUAGGAGCCAAUAUCGGCAAUUCUUUAGAACGUUGACUUUUUUUAAUUACUCGGGGGACAUUAUUUUUUCUCCUUUUUUCAAAAAAAAAAUGAUGAAAUGAUUCUUCUUUUUCAAUUUUGGAAAAACAUACAGCACACUAAAUACUCGAGCUGGCGCUUUUGGAUUCGACUCGGAAUCAUCCCUAAUAUGUGGAUGGAAUGAAUGAAUUGAAUCAGUAUUUUGAGCAAUAUCGUCUGCUCUGAUUUGGGUCGAGUGUUUCUAUUUUUGCUUUAGUAAUUAUAAUUUUUAUAUUGGAACAUCAUAUUAUAGUUUACCUUCGUCUGUCCUAACCAUGGGCCUUAAUAAUUUAUUGCAUAAUAUUUUCUAAUUAUACAUGCCGAUAUAAAACUUUUCGACUUAUCUGGGCACUCUAUUCCAAAUGUUUAAAAUUUCCUUCGUACAGGACUUUGUCGUUCGCAAUGACAUGCCAUGCGGAUCAACUAUUGGGCCCAUACUUGCUAGUGGCGUCGGAAUCCGUACCGUUGAUGUUGGCAUUCCUCAGUUGUCCAUGCAUAGUAUCAGGGAAAUGUGCGCAGUUGAUGAUGUGAGCCAUGCGUACAAGCAUUUUAAGGCCUUUUAUGAAGAAUUCACCCAGCUCGCUGAGAAGAUUUCAGUGGACAUGUGA